AGUUGAAUUAAGAGAUUCAUCACAGCAUGCAUGCAAUAUAAUGGAAGACGAAAUCCAUCCGUCUCCAUCGACCGAUGGGUCGCUCGGGCCGACCAAUCAACGUGAAGGAGUGAUCAGGUUAGGCACCGCGUGACACACGAGCCCGUGUGACAUCCGGCGACGUCGAUCCUGGCGAUUGUAUAUGACUUGCACGCAUACUAAUCCUCAACCAACUGCCGUGGAUCUAUAUAUUCUGUGGCCACAUGCAUGCUGACAUGUGAUACUACUGUUUUUGUUUUCACCGUCGGAUUCUUCUGUGUCAAAGGGCAGAACAUAUAGGGCAGGAAAUGGAGUGGACACACACACACGGCUGGCCUUAUGUGGUGGAUUUGGAAUAUAUGAAUGAAUGGAUGGAUGAAUGAAUGAUGGAUCAUGCGUGCAUGAGGAUCGGCUUUCUACCUAAUCAACUUUGUGGAGGAAUACUUGGUGAAAGAAAGGGAAAUAUUAAAGCUACGUACGUACUGUACGCGUCCUGCGUACUCUACAAUGAGUGCCGAAAGAGAAAGGCGCCGGAGGCAGGCAGGCAGUACGUACCCGGCUACGUGUACGUAAGCAGUUGGAUAUCACUAGCGGCUAUGAUGAACCAAGAACAACACUUUGAUCUUGAAGGAAAAAAAAAGGCAGGACAACUAAUAAAACAUAACAUGAAAAUGGACAAAAAAAUAAUCAAUCAAAUACUAGUAGCAGAUAGCGCCUCCAUUACUAUAGUGGGAGCAGCGGUGCAAGUGCAAGUGAGCAACCCCCUCCUUUCAACCACUCUCCGGCCCCUGCGUCACCAACAUAAUUUAUAUAGGAGCACUACACAAGCAGAGGCACGGAUGUCAGACGACAUACACGCAUGAGCUAGCUCCUAGAUUGUGUCUGAUACCGGCCGCCGUAUACAGGUGCAGCUUGCGUUCGGACCGAUCGCCGGAGGCAGACGGCAGAGCGAUGGAGGAGCCGGACUACGUGUUCAAGGUGGUGGUGAUCGGCGACUCGGGGGUGGGCAAGACGCAGCUGCUGGGGCGCUUCACGCGGGGCGACUUCUGCCUCGACUCCAAGUCCACCAUCGGCAUCGAGUUCCAGACGCGCACCGUCGACAUCGCCCGCCGCCGCGUCAAGGCCCAGAUAUGGGACACCGCCGGCCAGGAGCGCUACCGUGCCGUCACCAGCGCCUACUACCGUGGCGCGCUGGGCGCCAUGCUCGUCUACGACGUCACCCGCCGGGACUCCUUCGGGCACGCCGCGCGCUGGGUCGCCGAGCUCCGCGCCCACGCCGACAAGUCCAUCGUCGUCGCGCUCGUCGGCAACAAGGCCGACCUCGCCACCGCCGCGCCGGCGCGUCGGGAGGUCGGGGCCGACGAGGCCGAGGCCUUCGCGGAGGAGCAGGGGCUCUUCUUCUACGAGGCGUCCGCGCUCAGCGGCGACAACGUCGAGGCCGCCUUCCUCGGCCUGCUCGAGGAGAUCCACGCCGCCGUGUCCAGGAAGCCGCUGGAGGCGGCGAGGGGCAACGGGGAUGGCGACGACGACGUCCUGGUGCUCAAGGGCAUCUCGCUGUCGCAGGAGCUGUCCAUGAUGGAGACCAGCGCCAUGAAAACACCGAGCAGGUGCUCUUCAUGCUCCUCGUGAUACCAUACGACACGAUACCAUACCAUAUGAUGUAUUCAGCGAUUAAUCUUAGCAGAAAAUACAAACGUCUCUUCAUGCUCUCCACCAAGCGUGAUGAAGACAUCAAGCAAGUGCUCUUCAUGCUCGUGAUAUUAUGAUACCUAUAGACUGAUAGAUUCAGCAAUUCUUGACUGAAAAUACAAGCGUCAUUGAUCGUUUA